UCAGUCGAGAAAAGACUGCAAAUGUACAACAAUGAUGGAAGGAUUCGCUGCUUUGAUUCUUCUGACUACAUUGUCUCUAACUCAAACUGCAGAGGUUCCUCAGCAAAUGUCUUUAGCCAUGGCUGAAGUUGGCGCUGACUUGAACUUGACAUGUCGAGUCUCCACUGCAGAGCUCAUUUUGUUUUUCUGGUAUAAGGUGAAAUUUGGAUAUAUGAUCCAAAAUGUUGCUAAAGGAGCUGGACUUGUUGGGCAGUUUAACAACCCGAGAUUCAAAAUCAUAAGAAACGGUGAUCUAUACACACUUACCAUAGGAAAUGUAAGCAAAGAAGAUGAAGCAACAUACUACUGUCAAUCAGGAGAGCCCUACAUGGUUCCAUCAUUUCAAGGCACAAUUCUGGUGGUGAAUGAUCAUAAAAAUCUGGAGAAACAAGUCUAUGUGAAACAAAGUCCAGAGUCAGAGUCCGUGGACGUGGGACACUCGGUCACUCUCGAGUGUUCACUCCUCUCCACGGACAAAGAAAAUGCAGUCCAGUGUCCAGGCGAACACAACGUGCACUGGUUCAAAAACGGAUCAGGAGGAUCAAACCCUGGCGUCCUCUACACAAGCAGCAGCAGGAGGAAUGAACGAGAGGAGAAGACAUGCAUCUACAGUCUGUCCAAAACAAUCCAGAACUCUGCUGACACUGGGAAUUACUACUGCGCUGUGGUCACAUGUGGACGGAUUCUGUUUGGUGAGGGAACCAAAGUGGACACAAAACUGUCACCAGUGGUCAUUGUGCCCUGGACACUGAUGUCCUGCUGUGUCCUUGUGAUUGCUGCUCUAAUUCUCUGCAGAAAGAGAAAGCCUGUCUGUGCACACUGCAAAGGAGACAUAACUGCGUCCAACCGCGUUUGCGAUGUCAGAUCGUCUGAGGAUCAACCAAAUUAUGGGGAUGGUGACGCAGUGGAAGUGAACUACGCAGCGCUGGAUUUCACUUCGAGAAAAGCAAAAAGAUGGAAGAAUAACAGAGAUCUCCCGCAGGAUUGUAUAUACUCUGGCAUGAGAGACGAUCAGUGAAGUGUAGAAAACAGUGACACGUCAGAUUAUUUUGUUGGAGCAUAAUCAUUUCUGUUUAAAUGAAUGAAAAAAGCGA